GAUGUGACGACCAAUCAGAGCGCGUGUAGUUGUGAGGCGCUGAGCAGAGGGGAGAGGUCAGUGUGUGAUCGGAGGACAGCGGCGAUCAUCAACAUUGUAUAUACUCUUAAGCUACCAGACAAAUGUUUCUAACAUCCUUUCUGCUAAGGAAGGGGAUUCCCGGAAAACAAUGGCUAGGAAAGUACAGACGUCCGAGGCCGAUUACCUGGCAAAUGAAACGCAACAUGAUUAACAGACUGGAGAUUGAAAGGGAGAACGAAUACUGGCUGAGCCGCCCUUGGAUGAGCUCUGAACAGGAAAAGGGCCACUCAGCAGUCCGCAGAGCAGAGCGAUGGGAGGCCUUUAAGAUCGCCAGAGCAGCAAAAUUCCCAGAAAACAAAUGCAUUGAAGAACAUCUACAGCACCUGAAUGUUACCAAAACGUGGGGCAGAUCUUAAAUUGACAAACAGGCAAUGUUUGUCUAUACUUAAGCCUUUUUGAGUGGAGGCUGUGAGACAUUAAACUGUACCCUUUAUCUAGUGUGAACUGGUCAGUAGAGCCACAUUGUCUGUAAAUUCUUACAUUUAGUGGCUAUCUUGCAUUCUGAGGCCCAUUCUGUCCUUUACCUCACUUAACCUGAUACAGUUGUUUGCAAUCUAUAGCUGUUGUAAUCUGUUUCACUGUCAGUCAGUAACUUAUUUAAAUAAGUCUGAUCAUUUUAAUUAAAGUGUAAAAGUCAUUAAAGUCUUGUUUUGUUUUUAGUACGGGGUGUGUCAGUGCACCAGUGUUCAUCUUUUGAAACUGAAAUUUUAAUUUAGUACAACUGUCUUGUCAAAGCUUUUGUGGACAAGGUACAAAUAUUCUGUGUAGUGAUACGUCUUCAUUCUCUCAACUGGAAAAGACCCAUUUGAAUUACGUAUGCAGUGGAUUUGUCUUUGGCUGAUAUUUAUCAGAGCAGGGCUCAAUAUCCGUUGCUUUAUUUGAUGCAGAUCUUGGUACUGAAACUUCAAUGUAAGUUACUGUUGUAUACAAUUGUGGAAUUUUGUGUUCAGAGAUGUGUCUGUAAACUUGUGCAAAUAUCAUUCUCAGCAAAAUAAUAUUUUAUUGGAUUUUCUGUGGACCUGGCAAGCAACUGUCUCAAUUCGUGUUGUACUUGUUUCAAAACCAUAGGUUAUGAAAAAUGAUGAUAAUAGGCAAACUUGUCCUAUUGUGCCCUGUAAAAAACAUUGUACAAAGCCAAUGACGUGUAAACAAAACACUGCUGUUUUAAAGCCAAUAGUUAGACUUAACAAGACACAACUUUGUAAUUCAAAAAAAUGUUUAUGGACAUCAGUCUAUUGUUGGUAAAAUAUAGACCAUUUCAGCACUUCACAUGUACUACAACAAGCCGUUGUUUAGUGCCUUUCAUAUAUAAGAUGAAUGUCUUGAAGCACUUUAUAUAUACAGACAUGUUAUCCUGUUGAUUAUAAUAUCUACUUCUGAGCAGGAAUAAGAUCAUCGACCACUGCUCCCUGCUCAAUGCAUUUGUCCAUAGUAAUCAGCAGUUUAAUGCCAUCAACCACCAUCUGCAGCAGCUCAACUUCCGUGAAACCAAUUGUGUCUGAAUUGCAAAUACUGUAGAUAUUCUUUUCAGCAGAUGUAUGUGUGUCACCUACAAGACAAAAAGUGAAUAAAAUGCAGGUUUAGUAACUAUUGUAUUUUGCACCUUUUACAAGCAGCAAUGAGAUAAAUUACCAGCUAUCUUUUCUUUAAUGAAUUUAGCUUUGGAAACACUAUUGGCCAGAACACUGGAAACUCCUUACUCUUUAUCAAAAUAGUACUAUGUAAUAGUCUAUUUAACAUCUACCUGGAUAAGCAGUUGCGACCUUAGCCUAUGUUGAAUUCAGGUUUUCAUUGAACUUGAAUCUUGGAGUGGGUCUUGUGCCCCCAACCUUCUGACCCAGAAGCAAGAGUGCUACCACGUGAGUCAAAAUGAAUGUUAGAGAGUUUAAUUGUAUUCACUGUAGCAUGACUUUUACUCGAAGAGCUGUUCUGGAAUUUAGGUAUUUGUGGGGCUGUGACUAGGUGUAAACUUUUUGUGGUGAAAUGUUUCUUGUUAAAAGGCUCCCAAAUAAAAGUACAUUAAUAUGUUA